CUGCAUCCUUCUCUGAUUUGAUGUAUGGUCGUUACGUCACCCGUGGGCGGAGCCAGACCUCGGCCAGAGACUGCCUUUUGUUCGUUACAUCACUGUGAACAUCUGGGCAGCGUGAAGUGGCGCAGCAUCACCCCACGACUACAUUAUGACGACAGCUGACGCUGUGAGAAAGCGCCAAAAGGGCAGCUCUAAUGGAGCCCGAGCGGGGCAGAAAGACCACGUGAAGGAGCCGGUACAGUGGGGGAGAGCUUGGGAGGUGGAUUGGUUCUCUCUGUCAGGUGUGAUCCUGCUGCUGUGCUUUGCCCCCUUCAUCGUCUUUUUCUUCAUCAUGGCAUGUGAUCAGUACCAGUGCUCCAUCAGCCACCCGUUACUGGACCUCUACAACGGUGAAGCCACCCUGCUCACCAUCUGGAACCGUGCCCCUUCCUUCACGUGGGCUGCCGCCAAGAUCUACGCGACCUGGGUCACAUUUCAGGUGGCGCUGUACAUGUGCGUUCCAGAUAUCAUGCAUAAGAUUCUUCCAGGUUAUGUGGGAGGAGUGCAGGAUGGUGCCCGAACACCAGCAGGUCUGAUUAAUAAGUAUGAAGUCAACGGUCUGCAGUGCUGGAUAAUCACUCAUGCUUUGUGGGUGGCUAACGCUCAGUACUUCCACUGGUUUUCACCAACCAUCAUCAUUGAUAACUGGAUCCCUCUUUUAUGGUGCACCAACAUCCUCGGCUAUGUCGUGUCCACUUUUGCUUUCAUUAAGGCUUAUCUGUUCCCUACCAACCCGGAGGACUGUAAAUUCACAGGCAACGUCUUCUACAACUACAUGAUGGGAAUUGAGUUCAACCCUCGCAUAGGAAAAUGGUUUGACUUCAAGCUUUUCUUCAAUGGGCGGCCAGGUAUCGUGGCGUGGACCCUGAUUAACUUAUCAUACGCUGCUAAACAGCAGGAGCUGUACGGUUAUGUGACAAACUCUAUGAUCCUGGUCAAUGUUUUGCAGGCCAUUUAUGUAUUGGACUUCUUCUGGAAUGAAGCCUGGUACCUCAAGACUAUUGACAUCUGCCACGAUCACUUUGGCUGGUACCUGGGCUGGGGAGACUGCGUGUGGCUUCCUUUCCUCUACACACUACAGGGCCUUUACUUGGUCUACAACCCCAUCCAGCUUUCUACGCCCAAUGCCGCAGGAGUCCUCAUCCUGGGUCUGGUGGGCUACUACAUCUUCCGCUCCACCAACCACCAGAAAGACCUUUUCCGUCGCACAGAGGGUAACUGUAAAAUCUGGGGUAAGAAGCCCACCUUCAUCGAGUGUUCAUACCGAUCGGCCGAUGGCGGGAUUUACAAGAGCAAGCUGAUGACCUCUGGGUUUUGGGGGGUGGCCCGUCACAUGAACUACACGGGCGACCUGAUGGGCUCACUGGCGUACUGCUUGGCCUGCGGUGGAGAGCACCUGCUGCCUUAUUUUUAUAUCGUCUACAUGACCAUCCUGCUGGUGCACCGCUGCAUUCGCGACGAGCACCGCUGUAGCAACAAGUACGGCAAAGACUGGGAGCGCUACACCGCGGCCGUGUCCUACCGUCUACUGCCCAACAUCUUCUAGAGCGUUCCGCUAUAUCCCAGAUUGCUUUUCAACCACGUACAGAAGGCAAUAUUUUUGUUAUUUUAUGUGGCUGCUCAUACACACUUUAUUUUAAGCUGUCCUUGAUGCACGUUAUUUUUAUAUGCUGUUAUAGUAACAUAAAAUGAUGCAUAAUUACAUGCAAGCCAGCUAGCCCUAAGCAUAUAGUAAGUCAGUACUUAAAUGUGUAAUUACGUUGUAACAAGGACACCUUAAAAUUAAGCGUAACCCAUUUGUUUUACAAAGAUUAUUUUAGUGAGUGUGGAUGUACUAUACAUGAAUAUGUAGGUGCAAAAAUGAUUAUGGCGACACAAUGCACUGCAUUACAGAAUUAUAGUUAAAGUGCCUAUUAUGGAUUUUUGAAAAUUACCUUUCAUACCUUUAAGCUAUUGAGAAUGAGGUGCUGCUUUUAGAGCGUUUAAAAACUCACAAACACUGCUUUAAAUGAAAUCGGCCAAUCACUGGAGGGGUUUAAAAAAACUGAACAAAUUGUUUGAGAGUCCUUGCACAAAUAAGGUCAAAAUAAAUGCAUAUGGGAAGAAAAUGAAAAUGUUUUUCGACCUCGCAUGCGUUUCAACCUGUUGAAUCUAAAACCAAAAUGUAAAUCUUUCAUAACCCAUAAUAGGGGCACUUUAAAAAAAUCUCUUAAUAUAUUGUGAUCAGCUCAAGACUUUUCCUGCCUUUGAAUAAGCUUUAUGUUUUGUUUUGUUUAUUUUUCCCCGACAGGCAGGGUAACUCAUUGUAUAGAGAACAGCAUUAUUGUUCAGGAUGUAAACAGACAAAAGUAAAUCCAGAAAUGCUCAGACUACAGCAUAUAUGUCUAUUCAUAUUUUUUCUACCAGUCAAACUACUGAAAUAAAAGUUUCCCACGUUGUC